GGUCCAUAUUAUGUACUUAUAUGAGUAUCCAAUGUUACCCGUUUCUAGCCAAUAAUGGGCAUAGACAUCUAGAGAAUUAAUAUAUUGUUGGCAAGUUGGCAACAUUGAACCCAUCAAUCAUUGACUUGACAACAACCAACAACAACACAGGAGAUCAAAGAGUCCUCUUUGCUUAUUUAUUAUUUUGUUUCUAAUCAAUAAUAAUACAAAAGUAAAGUGCAAUCAUGAAGUUAGAUUCUAAUAACAAGAUGAUUAAUGGUGACAGUGGUGCUGAAACGCCAGAGGAUGUUGUGGAUCCGCGCCAAAACGCGGAGGACAUAAUCGACGAAAUUCUCGCAGAGUUCUCAGAAUCCCGAUCGCCUGAUGCCGUGCGAAAUGGUAACGGCAUUCCGGAGAACUUGUUUAAUAUGAUACAGCCGCCUCGUACUCGGACCCCAGCGAAUUCGUUCUCGGAAAACGCUACGAUAGAAGACAUCGAUCCAUCGUCCGAUCUCGGAACGUCAAUUCGAAAUAAGUGCUUAGAGUUAGAGGAGAUCCUCCAAAGCUUAAAGUCCAGGCUGAACCAUGUCGUACUCGACGAAAACAUCGUCCUCAGCCCGGAUGCCAACUCCAUGGAAGCCCAGCUCGAACAUGACCUCGACACAGACUGCCAAGAGGAACUUUCCUUGCAAGAGUUCCUCGAGAUUUUACAUUCGCAAAACAAAAUUUCACCAAGUGGCGUCCAAUGAUCGCUCACACAAUUUUUUUAGUUGUAAGGUAUUAUAAUAUUACAAAAAAGAAUUUACUGUGUGCAAAUUUGAGAUUAGACCAUUAUUACUAUGAAAUUAUUAAAUAAUUAGGUAUAA